AGAAGGUCACACACACACACACACACACGCGCGCGCGAGCAAUCACGUUGUCAUAGUAAUGAAAUACGCAUAAUAUUUGUCUCUUGCCAAUGUAGUAGCCUACUACAAUGCAACAAAGCAUUUUGACCUUAAAUGCAUACUUAUUUAUCAUUUAAUGAAGAUCAUAUUUCACGUGUAAUAACUUCAGGCGCUGUUAAAUGACAACGCGUCCCUGGCAUUGAGCAGUCAUUAGAUGAAUCCAGCUCAGCGGGUGUUAUCGCUCAGUAUUAAACGCCUCCCCCAAUGAUACUUUAUUAACGUGUCGAUUCUUAUCGCUGUCGGGCAGUAGGUCGUUGUUUUUUGUCUUACUGGAAAAAUCCGUAACCUCUUCUUCCCACGCAAAAAUCACUUUCUCCGCCUUUUCCUUAAAUCUUUGUGAGCGCAGAAUAUAGCGUAUCUGCUGCACGCGACUUUACCAGAACGCGCACUGGAGAUCAGAUACAAGAAGAGCUGCUGCUACAUGUUUCCCACGAAACCCUCUUGGACCAUGUGUUAGAGCUGAUUAUGAACGAGAAGCCUCCAAACAGCACUAGUCUGUUUCUGAGUGAAGACUCUGAGAAACCACAGCGCGCUGAGGAGGGCCUCCACCGUCUGUGCCGAGUGUUACAGAAGCAGAUGUCAGGAAGUCGACGAAAGAUGGGCGGCAUCACACGAGACAGCGUCAAGAAGUUCCUGCGGAGGAACACCUUUGUGAUCUUCACAGUGGCUGCUGUGGCUUUAGGGGUGGUGCUGGGUUUCGCGCUGAGGCCUCAUAACCUGUCCAUCAGGGAGGUCAAGUAUUUCUCUUUCCCUGGAGAGCUGCUGAUGAGAAUGCUUCAAAUGCUCGUUCUACCACUCAUCGUCUCCAGCCUUGUCACAGGAAUCUCCUCUUUAGACAGCAAGGCCUCUGGGAAGAUGGGAAUCCGGGCCAUCGUCUACUACAUGGUGACCACAUUUAUAGCGGUUUUCAUCGGUAUUGUAAUGGUGAUUAUUAUCAGGCCUGGUAAAGGCAGCAGGGACAGUCCAUUGGCCUCUAGUGGCAGCAUUGAGCCGGUGCAGGCCGCUGACGCUUUUCUGGACCUGAUAAGAAAUAUGUUUCCACCAAAUUUAAUUGAGGCCUGCUUUAAACAGUACAAAACACUAUACAAGAAAACCGUGUUGACCAAAAAUGUCACCAUCGUGGUCAAUGCGACAGACAGCUUUAACUCUACGGACCUCAGCCAAGCGUCCAACUUCAGCACAGUCCUGCAGACCAUCCAGGAGACGGUGGAAGAGGUGGUGCCUGUCUCCGCUUCCUCGAAUGGGGUGAACGCCUUAGGGUUGGUGGUCUUCUCCAUGUGCUUUGGAUUAGUGAUUGGAAACAUGAAACAGCAGGGCCAGGCUCUCCGGGACUUCUUUGACUGCCUGAAUGAAGCCAUAAUGCGCUUGGUGGCCAUCAUUAUCUGGUAUGCUCCAGUGGGAAUCCUCUUCCUGAUCGCAGGGAAGAUCGUUGAGAUGAAAGAUCUUGCUCAGGUGGGCGGACAGUUAGGGAUGUACACGGUUUCUGUCAUUGUCGGACUCCUCAUCCACGGCCUGUUCGUUCUGCCGCUGCUCUUCUUUGUGGUGACCAAGAAGAACCCUUUCACCUUCAUCGCUGGGCUGCUGCAGGCUCUGAUCACAGCUCUAGGCACCUCAUCCAGCUCUGCCACCCUGCCCAUCACUUUCCGUUGUCUUGAAGAAAACAACCAUGUGGACAAACGAGUGACACGUUUUGUGCUGCCAGUUGGAGCCACAAUCAAUAUGGAUGGCACUGCUCUGUACGAGGCAGUGGCGGCCAUUUUUAUUGCCCAGGUCAAUGACAUGGACCUGAACUUUGGGCAGAUCCUCACCAUCAGCAUUACGGCGACCGCCGCUAGCAUCGGAGCAGCAGGCAUCCCUCAGGCUGGGCUGGUUACCAUGGUGAUAGUAUUGACAUCGGUGGGACUGCCCACAGAGGACAUUACACUGAUCAUCGCGGUGGACUGGUUCCUGUACUGGAACCACUGUAGACCGCUUCCACAGUGCAGGGAUCGACUCAGGACCACCACCAACGUGCUGGGAGAUUCAUUCGGUGCUGGGAUCGUUGAGCAUCUGUCACGACAGGAACUCGAGAACCAGGAUGUGGAAAUCAGCAACUCUGUGAUCGAGGAGAAUGAAAAGCCAUACCAGCUGAUCUGUCAGGAGAACGACUCUCUCAAACAUCGCAACAGUGAAACCACAAUAUUUUACCCAUUUCCCUCCACUUGUGACGAGUGUUUUUCUGCCACCACAAUGCGCACACAGCUGCAGGUGACAUAACUGUGACAUCUACUCCAAAUUGGUCUAUAUCAGCAUGAUAAGAACUACCUAAAAUGAUGGAAACCAUCUCUGGGAAAAAUUAAUUUCAAGUGUUAUUUGAUUUUUAAGUUUGGCUUACAUCCCAUUUGUUUACAUGGAGAGGGUGUGGUUUAUGACCUGUAUACCAGAUGGCGAUCAAAAUGUUUUAGCUUCACUUUUUGGAACAUGCGAGGCAAACUUGUUCACACUUAAAGCACUGUUAUAUUAAACAUUUUUCUGAAAAUUAGAACAUGCUCACGCUCACUGCUUUUCUGUGAGGGGUAGGUUUAAGGUGGGGUUAGGGGUGGUCAUUUGUACAAAUUUGCCACCUCAUGAAAUAAGUACGAUUUUUCAAGCUCAUACGAAUUUGUAUGAAUUAGCCACCUUGUAAAAAAUAUAAAUUUGCUGUGAGAUCAGGAUGGAUUUGUGGUUUUAUCCAUCAGUAUUUUAAUUUACUUUGAAACAAAUCACAUCCAAGGCACAGUAGCACCCAAUUAAAACAACACUAUGCUAGUUUUAUAAUGCUGAUUUGAGACUGUUAAAAACAUCAAGGUCUUUGUAAAUUGUUUAAAGUAUAAAUAUUGUUUUAGAGUUGGUUGAUGUCAUUAAACAUGCAUUAUUACUUAAUGCUGUAUUACCUCAUACACACAAUGCCAAACUCAUAGAUGAUACAUGUGGAGACAAAGGGAACAUUUUUGAGUUACUUUGAUGUUCUUAUUGUGGUUUUGUUAUCUAGGUUAACAAUGAUGUUAAUUUUGUAGAUGUUUAUUAUAUGAUAUUGUAAUCAAUUAUUUAUAUUAUGUAAUGUUUCUUUGAUGAAUUUAGCUUUUGCCUUAUUGUUUCAUGAUGGACUGUGAAGUACAUAUGUAUAAUUCCUCCCUUAUUAAAGGGACAGUUCAUCCAAAAAUGAAAAUUCUGCCAUCAUUUAAUCACCCUCCACUUGUUCCAUGAGGCCUGUAUGAGUUUCUGUCUUCUGUUGAACACUAAAGAAGAUAAUUUGAAGAAUGUUUGUAACCAGAAGUCAGCGCUAUCCAUUGACUUCCAUGGUAUGGAAAAAAUACUAUGGAAGUCAAUGGCUACCGUCAACUGUUUGGUAAAUGAUGACAGAAUUGUCAUUUUUGGGUGUACUGUUCCUUUAAGAAUGGCUUUUAUUAACAUUAUUUGUUUGGAUUUAUUCUUGAUGGCACACAUCAGCAGGGUGUAAAGUUUUUGUGAAGAGUGGUUUAUGAGGAAUAAUAUUUUAGUUUUGUGGUGGAAUAUGACUGAUUAUUCUAGUGUGUUCUGGUUCUCCAGCCAGUUUGUGUUGUGCUUUGCUGGUUGUUUUAAGUAUUUUUUGAGAUCUAUUUGCCAGCUUUAUAAAUAUCCUCAGAUUGUGCUGCCCGUAUUGCACAUGUGUCUGUGUGAAAUACUUGAAUCUACCACAGUCUCCAAAGGUCUCAUAUCAGUAUUAGUCAAAUGGAUUCACUUCAAAAUCCUCUCUCUUAAGUUUGAAUCCACAGUAUAUACUUUUAGUAGAGAUUGCUUUUAAAUGCAAACUAUGUGAAAAUGGUGUAAUGUUGUUUAAUAUUACUUAUAAAUAAGUAUUUAUAUGGUACCAUUUUGUACUGUACUGUACUUGGGUAGUUGACAAAUAAAAAUUGGACUGUGUCCUAUGGUGUGACAGCAAAAAUGCAGAAAAAACAACAACAUACAAAUAAAAAAUUUUUCACAAAAAAUUACAUUUUUGCUGUCACAUUAUAGGACACAUUGAUAUGUCAACUACCCACUUAUUAAUUUUGAGUUUGCCCUUUUGAGUUAAUGGUCUAGUGUGGGCAUAUAUUUGACUUGAAUUAUUUGGUAUUUUGAAUUCUGGAAGGUGUUAAGAUGAAUA